AUGUCAAACAUUACAACCUUGAGAGCUGGUCUUAACAAUGCUGGGUAUCAACAUAUUUUAAGUUUUCGUAGACAACUUUAUAUUAAACCUGAAGAUGUUAAAAAACUUUCUACUUCGUGGAAGGUAGAUUUCGACGAAACCUCCUACUGGAUCUACCCAACGAUGGACAAUAUGUUAUGUUAUGUAUGUAAAGAAGAAGGCCAUCUAGCCAAGUCAUGCCCAACAGACUCGAACCUAAAGAACUCCCAAAACCCCGAGGAAAACAACUUGUUGACUGCUAGUCAAACUUCAUGUAAUGAACAAUCACUCUCUCCUGCCCCAGUGGAUAAUAAUAAUUCCAACAAAGAGCAAACCAAGUUUCCAUCACUUCCGGCAAAGCGCCCAUUAUCCUCCACUUCGUCAACUGCAGGUAUGCCACCUCCUGCAACUCCCCUGGGCAAAAGAAGUGAAAACUUAAAGGAUAAUCUGGCAACCAAGCAAAAAUCUAAAAAAAUUAGAACCGAAGAUGGUCAACUUCACCAAAACCCCUAG